AUGUCGGCCUCCCUAGGACGGCAUGCAGCACGGCACGGUCUCGAAGCCAAGAUCGCGGCUUUGAGGGAAGCGGGAUACCACGGCAUCGAGAUCCACUUCGAGUGCCUUCAGAACGAAGCGCGUCGCCUCUUCAGCCUCGAUUCCGCCGUCGCACCUUGCGCGGAACAGCUCUACGCGGCGGCUCGAUCAGUCCGAGCCAGGUGCGAAGCCGCCUCGCUACAAAUCAUCUGUCUCGAGCCGUUCCUGCACUAUCCGGGACUACUGCCAACCUCGAGGCGGGACGAACGGCUCGCAGAGGUACCAAUGUGGUUCACGCUCGCCGACUUGCUCGGAACGGAUAUGAUCCAGGUCGCCUCGGCAAUGUUCGGCGGUCCUUUCGUCUCGAAUGACGAGUCGAGGAUCGUUGAAGACCUGACGAUCCUUGCCGACAUGGGACUGCGCUGGCCGAGACCCAAGUUUUGGGCUUACGAAGCGAUGUGCUUCGGGCACUGCACGACAACAUGGGAGCAGGCUUGGCGACAGGUCCAAAGAGUCGACCGUCCCAACUUUGGCAUCGUCAUGGAUACUUUCCAGAUCCUCGGCGCCAUCUACGCUGACCCGACGUCGGUCGACGGCAAACAUGUCGGUGCGGACGAGGCCGUCGAGGCGACGCUGACCAAGCUUCGCGACACGUUCGAGGGCCCUGCCAAUGCGGCCAAUCGAAGCAAGAUCUUCUUCAUGCAGCUCGGCGACGCCAGAAAGAUGGACCCGCCUCUGAGCGAGGAGAGCGACAUCUUCGAUGCGUCCCAGCACGCCAACGUCAAGAUGUGCUGGGCGCGCAUGCACCGCCUCUUUCCCGGCGAAGGAUACAUGCCGGCACAGAGGAUCGCCCAGGUGAUACUGCAGGACUGCGGCUGGAGAGGCUGGGUCAGCGCCGAGUACUUCAACGCCGACACUUUCACGGACGAUGCGGCGUUCCCGGCGCAGGCAGCGUGCAGAUGUCGAAAGGGCCACGACGAGUUCAUCGAGGCGAUGCAGGAGUAG